AUGGCGCAUGCGUAUCAUCAAUUAAGCUAUAUUCAUUACCGUCUGAAUAAGUUUAAUACUGCAUUGGAUUACUUUGAGAAAGCACUGACUAUCUACAAUAAAUAUGGAAAAAUGUACGCAUCCGUCAUAGCUGAUACCUAUUCAAUGAUUGGUCAGUUGCAGUUCGAACAAAAGAAAGAUUUAGAGAAGGCAUUGGAAAAUAUUCAACGCGCGUUAGAAAUACGAAGAAAACAGUAUAACACAGAACCUCAGACACUGGCGAAGAAGUACACUCAAAUCGAUGAAACACUUCUAUAUCUUCAACGUCACGAUGAUGCUUUAGAUAAUCUAAAAAAGGCUUUGAAAAUCCAAGAUACUUUGCCUAAGUAUCAUAUGGAUUUAGCUUCAACCUACAGCACUAUCAGUCAUGCGCUCGAUAUUUAUACGCGUUGUCUGCGUCCCAGUCAUCCUAAUUUGGCUGCUGUUCACGACAAUAUGGCCAAUAAUUUAGGCCAUUUACGUCAUUUUAACGAAGCUAUCUCUCAUGCCAACAAAGCCAUUAAUAUCUCUCUCUCGUGCCUUCCAUUUGAUCACGAAGAUGUUAUAAAACGACAACAAACUCUUCGUACACUAGAAACUGCACAACAAUAUCAGCAACAGCAGCAGCAAACCACAGCGCAUUCGCAAUAA